AUGGAGCUACAAAAGGGGGAAGGAGAGGGAAGGCUGGCUUUUGGGGCAUUUUCGCUGGUUCACAGCGACGACGAAGAAGAAAGCGUGUUUCUGCUAGGGAAGGAGUCAGAAGUGCGUGGUCCGGAGGAGGCCUCCACACGGGCGGCUGAAGGAGGUGACGAUUUUGCUGCGAUGGAUUCCGACCGGCGCCAAAACGACUCCUUUGGGGCUGGUUCUCCUAAGAAAGUGCCCUCUGAUGAUCACGUGGCCGUUGAAAUCCCGGAUACUGCCCAUCAGAUCAGCCACGAUUCAUGGUUUCAGGUGGGCUUUGUUCUUACCACUGGUAUAAACAGUGCGUAUGUGUUGGGAUAUUCUGGUACAGUCAUGCUUCCUUUGGGUUGGGUAGGAGGCGUGGUUGGAUUAAUUUUGGCAACUGCCAUUUCUUUGUAUGCAAAUGCUCUGGUUGCCAAGCUCCAUGAAUAUGGAGGGAAGAGGCGCAUCCGGUACCGUGACCUUGCUGGAGCUAUUUAUGAUCGGAGGGCUUAUGCACUCACCUGGGGAUUACAAUACGUGAAUCUUUUCAUGAUUAAUGUUGGAUUCAUCAUUUUGGCCGGCCAGGCUUUGAAGGCUGUUUAUGUUCUUUUCACGGAUGAACCCACGAUGAAGCUGCCGUACUUUAUCGCAUUAGCGGGUUUUGGAUGUGGCCUUUUUGCGAUCAGUAUACCUCAUCUAUCGGCAUUAAGGAUUUGGCUGGGGUUUUCAACCUUGUUCAGCCUUAUUUAUAUUGUCAUUGCUUUUGCCCUGGCUCUUAAAGAUGGGAUUGAAGCUCCACCAAGGGACUACAGUAUCCCAGGAUCCAAAGUGGACAAGAUUUUUACCACUAUUGGUGCUGUAGCAAACCUUGUGUUUGCAUUCAACACUGGAAUGCUUCCAGAGAUACAGGCGACCGUGAGGCAACCUGUAGUUAAGAACAUGAUGAAAGCUCUUUACUUUCAGUUCACAGUUGGAGUUUUGCCCAUGUAUGCAGUUACUUUCAUAGGGUACUGGGCAUAUGGAGCCAACACGUCAACAUAUUUGCUCAACAGUGUCAACGGCCCUGUUUGGGUGAAGGCACUAGCUAACUUUUCAGCGUUUCUUCAAACCGUGAUUGCCUUACAUAUUUUUGCAAGUCCAAUGUAUGAAUACUUGGAUACAAAGUUUGAUGUAAGAGGAAGCGCAUGGGCUUUACGCAACUUGGCGUUCCGGAUUGGAGUAAGAGGUGGAUACCUUGGGAUCACAACAUUCAUCGCAGCUCUGCUGCCAUUCCUGGGCGAUUUCAUGAGUCUUACUGGAGCUUUCAGCACAUUCCCUCUUACUUUUAUACUUGCAAACCACAUGUACCUCAUAGCCAAGAGAAACAAGUUGACUUCCUUACAAAAGAGCUGGCAUUGGUUAAAUGUUGUUUUCUUUGGUGUAGUGGCUGUAGCUGCAGGAGUAUCUGCUUUAAGACUGAUUGCAGUAGACUCAAGCACUUAUCAUGUUUUUGCAGAUUUAUGA